UGUACAUUGCAUAUUACUCUAUGGAUCUAAGACCGCAAUCGACUGUAUAAUAUUAUCUAUAGCCGCGAUAAGGAUUAAGAACCCAGCAUUCAGUAGUUAUAAUUUAGAAGGCAGAAUGCAGUAUACAAUUAUCACUUUAUCAUAACCUGGUAAAGUUUGUAAUUGAAUCGUUACUGUAGUUUCUAAUUUACAUUUAAAAACAUUGUGAGAACAAUUAAAUCUUGAAAUGGCAGCCAGACAAAGACAAUCGGUUCGUUUAAUUGAUGAUUUAUCACACGUGCAUUUUGAGACUAGUGAAGAUGUCGAAAUACUUUCUACGUUCGAUAAUAUGCAUCUGCGGGAAGAUCUUGUUCGUGGUAUUUACUCAUACGGUAAGUCUCUCAAACUGUUAAUAUUUGUGUGUACUACUAUGGCCAUGCAUUACUAAUAUUGUGUUACCAUCGAUUCUCCCACCCUCCUCUCUCUUAUUAACUUUGAAAUACUACCCCGAAACACUCGCGGCUCAAACCCAUUUUUCAUCCCUCUUCAUACCACCACCUAUCUUAGUAAUGAGUCUAUAAGCCGCAUUAUAAAGUUUGCCAAUUGUUAAUAAUCUGACCUUUCAUUUGAUUUAAUUUUAUAUUAUGUGUAUAGCUUAUUUAAUUUGUAUUAAUAUUUUUAAUUUUUCUUACUUUAUUGUUAUAUUGUACUCAUUCGUACCUAUUAUAUUUUACUAACAUAUUAGGAUACUUAAUUCAUACAAAAUUGUUCUGCUUAUACCAUUGUUAGACGCAAGUCUGUAUAUAUGUUAUAAAUAAAUAAAUUUCAAUGAGAUUUCUUUGUAGGUUUUGAACGCCCUUCUGCUAUACAACAAAGAGCUAUCAAACCGAUGAUCAAAGGACGCGAUGUCAUAGCUCAAGCUCAGUCUGGUACGGGUAAGACAGCGACAUUUUCAAUUGCUAUGCUGCAAUCCAUUGACACUCAAUUAAGAGAUACUCAAGUUUUAUGCUUAUCACCUACCAGAGAACUUGCUGUACAAAUCCAAAAGGUAUUAUUUUAAUUUUUAAUGCAUUCGAUAAGGGAAAUUUGACUACAACACUGGGAAGUUCAAUGCAACUUAUAAAUCAUAAUUAAUUUUAUUGAUUGUGUAGGUGGUUUUAGCUUUGGGAGAUUAUUUAAAUAUCCAGUGUCAUGCUUGUAUUGGUGGUACAAAUCUUGGUGAGGAUCUACGAAAAUUGGACUUUGGUCAACACAUUGUUUCCGGAACUCCUGGCCGAGUGUUUGGUAUGUAUACAAUUAAUUCAGAACUCAAUAUUAACACUUUUUUUUGUAAACUAAAUUCUUUAAUAGACAUGAUCAGACGUAAAACACUGCGUACAAGAAAUAUAAAAACACUAGUAUUAGACGAAGCAGAUGAAAUGUUAAAUAAAGGAUUCAAGAAACAAAUAUAUGAUGUGUAUAGGUUCUUGCCACCUGCAACCCAGGUAAAAUUGCAUUAUUUUUACAUGUGAAUCAAUUUUAAUUUGUUGUAACUUUUUAGGUCAUACUAAUAUCUGCUACUCUGCCCCAUGAAAUACUUGAAAUGACAAAUAAAUUUAUGACUGAUCCUAUUCGAAUUUUAGUGAAACGGUUAGUCAGAAAAAAAAUUAUGUAUUUGAUUCUUGAAAAAAUUCUCGAUAAUUAAUUAUUUUAAUUCCAUUAUUUUAGCGAUGAACUUACAUUGGAAGGUAUUAAGCAGUUUUUUGUUGCGGUUGAACGAGAAGAAUGGAAAUUUGAUACAUUGUGUGAUCUGUACGAUACGCUGACUAUUACUCAGGCUGUUAUUUUCUGUAGUACAAAAAGAAAGGUACAUUAUAGUGUCAAUUUAUAGGCUGGAAUUAGUAUGCGACUGACAGUUAGCGCUGGCAGUACGCACUGACCAUGUUCCCCGAUUAUCAGCCAUCACCGAACAUUUAGUGCUUUGGCUGUCAGCCAACAAUAAAAUAAAGUUGUAAUAUAAAUACAUAAAUAUGCAUACACGCGUAUAGUUGCUCCGCCCAACAUCAAACUAAACGCCACCAUUGACGAAGGAGCCUGACCAAAGGUUCUUGUCAGUGGGAUGCAGCUAUAUGUGUAUAUAAAUUUAUCAACGCUACACUGUAGUUGUUCAUAAGUAUUUAUUGAUAUAGCUACAUUUGACCAUCGUCAGCACUAAUUGUUGGUGGAGCACUAAUUCCAGUCAUAUAGAUCAUUAUGACAUUUUGUUUAAUUGAUUAUUUAGGUGAACUGGCUUACCGAAAAAAUGCGCGAAUGUAAUUUUACAGUUAGUUCUAUGCACGGAGAUAUGCCGCAGAAAGAAAGAGAUGCGAUAAUGAAAGAAUUUCGUGCUGGUCAAACGUAAGUAUUUACAGUAUAUUUUCAAUGUAAAGACUUAAUAAAUUUAAUCCAAUUUUUAUUAAAUCAAAGCUUUUAAUGUUAGAAAAUAAUUUUAAUUUGUAUAUAUAUAUAUUACAGAAGAGUUUUAAUUACUACUGAUAUAUGGGCAAGAGGUAUUGACGUACAACAAGUUUCUUUGGUCAUUAAUUAUGAUCUACCUAACAACAGAGAAUUAUAUAUACACAGGUAAUUUGUGUUUUCUAUAUUUUAAAUAAAGUAAUUGAACAAAAAUCCUUGUUUUAUGAAACAAAAAGUAUUCAUUAUUAUAUAAACAAUAAUUUGAGCACAAUAGACCAUUAUUGUAAUGUUUUUGUCUCAAAAUGCAAUUUUAUUUUAAUAUAUAAUAUAGUUAUUCAAUUUGAUUGUAGGAUUGGUCGGUCUGGAAGAUUUGGUCGAAAGGGAGUGGCAAUCAAUUUUGUAAAAAGUGAUGAUAUUAGAAUUUUGCGUGAUAUAGAACAAUAUUAUUCCACACAAAUUGAUGAA